GAGCACAUCGAGCACCAGCUCGACCACCAGUACCUCGAGCACAUCGAGCACCAGCUCUACCUCGAGCACAUCAUCGACUUCGAGCACCAGCUCCACAAGCUCGACGUCCAGUACUACAUCUACGUCGAGUACCUCGAGCACAUCGAGCACCAGCUCGACCACCAGUACCUCGAGCACAUCGAGCACCAGCUCGACCACCAGUACCUCGAGCACAUCGAGCACUAG